AUGUCCACCAAGGAAACCGUUCAUCACAAGAAACAAGCCACUUAUCAAGAUAAAAGAAAUGUUCUCAACAAGGCAUACCUUAUCGAGCCAAUUAUACGACAUAGAAUUCAAGACUCGAUCUUUUACAAACAACACCUCUAUCUCACCAACGAGGCAACUAUAUUACCUAUAAUAGUCGAACAUGUCAAGUAUGUGUCUGGUACUGAUUCUAGCGGUAGACCUAGCCCAUUCAUAUGUUGCUUACUUCGCAUGUUGGAAUUGGAACCGUCGAAGGAUAUGAUUGACACAUACUUGACACAGCUCGGAUUCAAUGAAUUUAAAUAUUUGACUGCAUUGGCAUUGAUAUAUGUUAGAUUGGUAUAUUCAAGUGACGUGGUAUACAAGACUUUUGAUCCUUAUUUUCAAGAUGCUAGAAAAUUGCGGGUGAAAUUGAAGUCGCCAAUAUUCAAUGAAGUCAAAUUGCCUAUCGGGUAUAGCUUAACAUAUAUCGACGCAUGGGUGGAUGAAUUGUUAACUAGAGAGAGAGUUGUAGAUAUCAUAUUGCCAAGACUUGUACCCCGGAUUAAAUUUGUUGAAAGUGGAGUGCUUCCACCUCGUCAAUAUUAUAUUGACAUAGAACAAGCCAAUUCAGACAAUGGUGACGCAGUCUCUGACGAUUCAUACGCUAGUGAUAGUGACUAA